AUGUACAACAAGAUGACCAACUUGUGUACCCCAGCAGCUGGUCUGAGACCACAAGAUGCCCCGCCCACACCACUAGAGGGCGACCUCUAUCUCAGCACUGGCUGUAACGGCUAUCAGAAUUUCAAAUACUACACCGACUUAAUCGAGACAACCUACGCCGCCUACUACACUCAAUAUAAAAACUUCAUCGACGCCGAAUCGGCCUGCAUGUGUUUGGGCGGCCAUCUAUUCGUGGCCAAAACCCUGGCCAAGUUUGAUCUGUUCAAAUACAUCGUCAGCUCCACUGGUCGCGUGUGGAUAGGUCUGAAUGACAUGGCGGUGGAGGGGAGGUUUGUCUGGGUCGACGAUGGUCAAGAGAUAGAUCCUCUGGUCAAGUUGAGUAUCUUUGAUUCGAACCAACCGGACAACUCGCCAUGGAACUCAAACUGCGCCUAUGGGUCAAAACAAGUGAAGGUUCUAAUUUGGGUUAUGACGUCACCGCAGAAUCUUAACACCAAGGCUCAAGCCGUCAAAGAAACUUGGGCGACUCGUGCUGAAAAGGUUCUUUUUAUGAGCUCUCAGACCAACUCCAGUUUUCCAGCUGUAGGUUUGAAUGUCAGUGAGGGGAGAGAACACCUCACAGUUAAAACAAUGAAAGCUUUUGCCUACGUCUAUCAGAAUUACUUUCACUACUAUGAUUGGUUUAUGAAGGUGGAUGAUGACACGUUCGUCAUAGUAGAAAACUUGCUACACUUCCUGUCAGACAAGAACCAAUCAGAACCGGUAUAUUUUGGGCAGACGUUCAAACUUUUUGUGAAACAAGGAUACAAUAGCGGCGGCGCCGGCUAUGUACUGAGCAAGGAGGCGCUGAGAAGACUGUGCGAGAGGGACGACGCUCAGAGGUGUAUCAAAACAAACACCGACGAAGACGUGGAGAUGGGCAGGUGUCUUGAAAGUCUAGACGUGAGAAUCGGCGAGAGUCUCGACCAGUUCGGGAAAACCCGCUUUCAUGGCUUCCCGCUACAAACUGUAAUGGAUAGCCACUGCGACACGGGAUAUGAAAGCUAUGACUAUUAUAACUGCACUAAUAAGGGAUGGCGAUGGUUGAGUGACUACGCCGUCAAGUUUCACUACAUCUCACCAAUCAACAUGUUUCAACUGGACUAUUUCAUCUACCGCUUGAGGCCGUUUGGUUUCUUCAAUCGCUUAGUUGUCUAG